GGAUCGUUUGCCAUCAUGUUACUAGUAGUAGGUACUACUAGUACUACUCUGUAGUAGUAGCCCUUACGAACAGUUACAAGCAGUCCAUACUAACGGUUACAAGAUUUGGCAAUGCAGAACUCACUCUCAACGUAGUAGCGGUCGUGUGCAACCUCGCCAUGAUGCGAUAUCGAAUGUUCCUGAGGAUGAAGCUCAUGGUCGCUGGAGAUGUCGAUAGUCUUUGUUGAAGGGGCCAUAGUUGAAUUUGACCUGAAUGAGUGACGCGGAAGACAUUUUUGGUGGGUUGGCAUGCGCGGCGUUCUGCGGCAUUUGCUGUGCUGUGGCCGCCGAAGAAGACAAGAAGGAACGGGAACUCACGGCGCAACUCGAUGCCAAAGGCGGCGAUCCCGUGGUGCGCAAAGACGGCAGCAGGCAGCAACUGCCUAUCCAGGUCAACCCCGUCGCUGUCACCACGUUCGUCAGCCCGCCGGCUCGACGACCAAAUAGUCUGUCUGCCAAUACCCGCCAAGCUCCACCAAGUCGCCAGCAGAGUAGUGGGCGUACCUUACGCUGAGCUGGGAUAGUAUACACAACCAGUCGAAUAUAACAAAAAUAUUCGCUGUUAUGGGCUUCGC